UCUUCUUUCCCGUACGAUAUUCUGCGUGUUAUGUCAUCUGCAUAUGUUGUAUACUGGCCGGCCCCAAUUUACCUGCUGGAGAGGUCCGGCUGAAGCCUUUGGGGUGAACGAUCCUUGUGCCCAUUGUGCGAAUCUGGGUCCCGGCUGCAGGUAGUGCCUUCGCCACCACAGAAAGAGAGCCUCUGGCGGUGCAGUAGAGGUCGGGAAGGCGGUAGGAUACAUUGCACCGGAGCUGUUCAAGAAGGAAACUAAACAACGAUGGAGGUUGUAAGAUACAAGACUCACAACUCAGUGUAGAUCGCCGGACCACUCUUCACCACGACGAGAGAGAAAGCGUGCUACAUUAAAAGAACUCAGAAACUAGAGGUGAACAACGGUUGUCAUUGUUGGUUUCUUUUGGGUUCUACGUGAGGUUCUUUUUGCCUGAAUUCGAGGAAUUCACUGAUUUCUGGGCCUCGUCAACCACGCGAAUUGAGCAUUUUUGGAAGAAAACCAGGGCCGAUGGGAAUCGAAGAUUCACUGGUUGAACGUUUUGAAAAUACUCAAAUUAAAGACGAUCAUUCUCCUCCAGCAUUGGAUCCAUCAGACUUCUGUUUUGUUUUAGAACCAGAAUUCCGGCCAAAACUCAAGCACAAUGAGUUUUUCGAGUCACCUACCGAACAGAUACCUGUGAUCGACCUGGCACCCAUCGGCUCCGGCGAUGAAGAAGGUAUAAGGAAGGUUAUACGCGAAGUGGGGAACGCAGCUGAAGAGUGGGGUUUCUUUCAAGUUGUGAAUCACGGUGUACCUGCGAGCGUGAUUGAUAACCUGGAGGAACAAGCUAUUGCUUUCUUCACCCUUCCGCUAGAGGAGAAGAAAAAGAUCAAUCGAACUUUUGAACAGCCAAUGGGGUACUACAAUGAGGAGCUGACGAAAAAUUACAGAGACUGGAAGGAGGUCUUUGACUACCUCGUCCGAGAUCAGUGUGCGCUUCCUGAUGAGCAUUGCACCACUGAGAUAACUAUUGGAAACCAGUGGCCGCAGAAUCCUUCGAGCUUGCGAGACGCUUGUGAGAUAUAUGCCAAAGCAACAGAGGAGCUGGCAUUUCGGCUUUUGAAGAUACUGUCACAGAGUCUUGGGCUUCCAGCAGAGCAUCUUCAUCAGUAUUUCGAGAAACACAUUUCACCGAUUCGGCUAAAUUAUUACCCGGUAUGUCCUAUUCCGGAGCUGGCUCUAGGUGUAAGCAGGCAUAAGGACCCAAGUGCGUUCACUAUUCUAGUGCAGGAUGAAGUGGGAGGCCUUCAAGUCAGGCGGAGGGAUGGGAAGUGGAUCGGAGUCAGACCAAGAAGAGAUGCCUUUGUCAUCAACAUUGGUGCCGUCUUCCAGAUGUGGAGCAACGACAGGUAUCAAAGCGUUGAGCAUCAAGUAGUUGUGAACGAGAACAAAGCACGGCUGUCCUUCCCCUUUUUCUUCAAUCCCGUAGCAGCGACGAAUGUCGUUCCUGUGCCAGAGUUAUUGAGCGAGAACAGUCCCGCUAGAUAUCGGCCCAUGAAUUACGGGUACUUCAUGAGAAAACGAAAUGAUGGGAAUUUCAAGCAGGACGGAGAAGAUAUCCAAAUUGAGCACUUUGCAGUCAACCAAUCCUCGUGAACAUGGGAACCACACCUGCUUGGACGUAUUUUAUAUUUGUCAUGAUGAGAAGAGAAUUCACACGAAUCUUCUCUAACUAUUGUAAAUAUGAGUUAGGUGGAUCCAUGUAGGUAACUUGGGGUUUCAUAUAUCUUGUUUAUUCGAAGACACUUUGUCAGAAUCUGUUCUUGGUUGUAUAGAAGGUUAUGUUUUGAGUGUACUAUAUACCAUCAUGCACUGUAAUAUCAUCAGUAUUUUUGUUAUCAUAUCAAAUUGUGAUCACAAAUAGAUUUAUCAUUAUGAUCUAUCUCGGAAUGUAGAUCCAUCAUUUUGUAAAUCCAUUAUUUUUGCGUAAUACAAUAGAACUUUCACCAAGAAGUUUCAUCUUAAGCU